UGGAAUGUCUCCACAGCAAGCUGACGUCAAAAAACAAUAUUGAGAGGUGCAGGGCUUUAUAAGAGCCGAGAGCUACUCGUCAGCAGUAAGAAACAAAGAGAAAAGAGGCAAAAAGCAACACACUGGUGAGGGAGAAUAGCCAUCUAUAGGACUUUCUGAAUUCCUGGUGAUCUAGUUUGCAGGGACAGAAUAGCCGAAGCGCUUCAGCUAUUUCAAGUACAAAACAGUCAUGCCCUGUCUGAAACUGUGCACCUUCCUCCUUGGAGCCGCGCUGGCCCUGAGCUCUUUGGACGGAUUCCAAGCUGCCCCCGGCAGAUACCCUGCACAUUCUACAAGCCAAGAUGAGUUUGACUCCUGGUUGGUUCCAGCACUGAGGAAGAGGGCACUCAUGGGCUGGUCAACGGCUUUACCUGAGGAAGACCUUCUCAAAACAAAGAGUAUUCGAGUGAAGAAGAGGAGGUGCAACACUGCCACUUGUGUCACACAACGUCUGGCGGACUUUUUGAGUCGCUCCAACAACAACUUCGGUGCCUUCUACUUGCCAACAAAUGUGGGAUCAAACACUUAUGGCAAGAGAGAUGCCGUGGGGGUGUAUAGCAGAGAACUCUACAGUUACCUCCAACGCUAGAGCUGAGAGCAGUCCAGGGCCUUUUUCUUAAAAUUGGAAGAUUAUUUCUGUAGCUCCAACAUUGGUAGAGGAUCAUAAUGCUGUUUUAGAAGUUUUAAGCAGUGGUACCCUGUUUUACUGUUCUUGCUAUGGCACAACAGUAUGGAUUUCAGGUUCAUUGCCAUGUGUAUGAAGUUUCCUGCAUGUUUUUAAUUUGAAGAAACCUGCUGGUACUACAUGAAUUAAUUGUAAUAACUAAGUUAUUCUGAAUCUAUUAAAGAUGAGUAUUGAGAAUUUUUUUUAAAAGUUGGACAAUAUUUGAAUUUCUGUGUAGAUACCAUAGUGAGAAAGGCAUGAUUUAUAUGUUUUCUGCUAAAUAAGAUAGCUGAUGUGCAGAAAUCAACUAAAUGCUCAGGAAUGAGCAAAAUGAACUACAUCAAUACAUACGCAUUUCAUCCAUUUAACUGGUGUGGCAUAUGCUCUCUCUGUCUGGUAGCACCGUACUUAUACAGGAACAAAGGACUUUCCAACAGGAGUCGGUCAUUUGCUCCUUCAACUUGCUCUGCCAUUCAACAACAGCAUGGCUGAUCUCACUGUGGUCUCCUGUACUUCCCUUCUGCCCCCAUAGCACUUAACUCCCUUGCCAUGUCAAAAAUAUAUAUAGUUCAGCACUGAAUGAAUUGAUAAGGGAAUGUUCCACAUAUUGGAGUCUUGUCAUUACAUGAGACUCUACC